AUACCCUAUAUUUAUUUAUUUUAAAAUAUCUUUUUUGUGUUUGUGGAUUAAAAAAACUAAUAAUAAUUAUAUUCUAGCCAGUAGAAAAGGGAGAGCUUAUAUUCUAUAAAUAGCUAGAUAGCUGGGUGGCUGGGUUGUUUAACUAGUACUCUUAUUAAUUAGAAAGCUAAUUAAGGUUACAUGCCAUGGCUGAUGAGUUAAAGAACAAUGAAGAUCAAAAUGUUGAACUCAAGGAAGGUGAAGGGUGCAUCACAGUUGAGGAAUUGGGAGCAGUGAUUAGAUUAUUGGAUCAAAAGUUAACAAAGGAUGAGUUGCAUGCUAUGAUCAAUAAAAAUAAUAAUAAUAAUAAUAAUAAUAAUAAUAAUAAUAAUAAUGAAUUUGACGAAUCUGCUGGGAAUGCCACCAUAGAGUUCAUACAUUUCUUGAACCUUAUUGCCAUCAAAAUGAAGGAAUUAGAUGCCGAAGAGGAGCUUAAGGAGGCUUUUAAGGUGCUUGACAAAGAUCAAAAUGGGUAUAUUUCGCCUAGUGGGUUGAGACAUGUGAUGAUAAAUCUUGGAGAGAAAUUAAGCGAUGAAGAGGUUGAGGAGAUGAUUAAAGAGGCCGAUUUGGACGGCGACGGCCACGUCAAUUAUGAUGAUUUUGUGAAGAUGAUGACCCCUACCUCUCGUUAAAUAUAAUGACUUCAAUUUACUUAACAUAAGUACAUUAAUAAUUAUCUCAUAUAAUAAUUAUGUAAUAAAGCUAGAAUUCUUAU